AUAUAUAUUGAAGUUACAAUUUAAGUGCAAAAGUGCUAUAAAAAAAAACACAAAAAACUUAGAAUUAAAUUUUUUCGUGUUUUUUUUCGUGUGUUUGUGAUCAUUUUUCGGAUUCGGUAUAUGAAAUAGGUAGAUGAGGUACACUUGGACCUGGCCAGGACGUGGUUGACACUAUGGAGAUCUACUGGAUGCUUCUGGCUGCCGUCUUCAUUGCUGCACAGGCACAGAAUAACCGCAAUGACGGACCUCGGUUUUUGUCCAGAGGUCACUCGUUUCGGACUGUAGUCGGAGACACUUUGCUGCUGCCAUGUCAAGUUCAAAACUUGGGUUCCCUAGUCCUCCUAUGGCGAAGAGGGCCAGCAGUGCUGACAGCUGCCAGUCUGAUGGUGACAAGAGAUGAAAGGUUUCGACUGGUGGACGGCUACAAUUUGCAGAUCACUGAUGUAGGACCACAGGAUGCCGGUGACUACGUCUGUCAAAUCUCAGAUCGUGUAGCCAGAGACCAGGUGCAUACUGUGGAAGUAUUAGUCCCUCCGAGCGUGAGAGCGUCGCCCGAGUCUCGGCACGCGGCCGCCAGGAGAGGUGGCGCUGCUGUGCUCGAAUGUCGUGCGGCUGGCAACCCCGUACCAACUGUCAUUUGGCAUAAACUUGUGAUUCCUGUUUUCCAGAACGACACGAAUACAAGACUAGGAGAAGGCCCACAGUUGCAACUGUCGAGGCUAGAGAGGGGACACAGUGGUCGAUACGCUUGCACUGUCGAUAACGGCGUGGGUGCACCUCUAGUCGCUGAAUUCCAGUUGCAAGUUUUAUAUCCACCAGAAAUAACAGUAGAGAGGUCGUGGGUGCAUACUGGAGAAGGUUUCAGGGCUGAACUGCUGUGCACAGUGCUGGCAGACCCACCAGCAGAGGUGACCUGGUAUCAGAACUCUUUCCCUCUGAGCGCUUCAGAGAGGGUCACAAUGUCCGCCCGAGGAAACAACCACACUCUCCUCAUUGCAAAUGUUCAGCCUGAAGACUUUGGUAACUACAGUUGCGUGGCCGACAACAGCCUGGGCCGCGCGCGCCAGCACGUGGAGGUGUCGGGGCGGCCGGGCCCCGCGCGCUUCACGUCCGCACCGCUCGCUCGCGCGCACACGCGGUACUUACUCGCCUUCGCAGUCGACAGCUACCCGCCGCUGGACGAGCUCAGGCUUCUUUACCGACAGUUGGCGAUCAAUGAGUCGUUCCAGCAGCCUGGCAGAUGGCACGACGUGGUGAUUCCAGCGCCGGAGCCGGCUGGGUCCCUUACGCACCGCGUCACUCACGAGCUCAGGGGGCUGCAGCCAGGAGCUGUAUAUGAAGCUAUCGUGCAAGCCAAGAACAGAUAUGGGUGGAAUGAAGUCAGCGACAUCUUCCAGUUCCAUACUCUAGGCGGCACGCACACGGCCCACGCAGACGAACUAACACCAAUGUUCGCGGCGACGUCCCGACCACAACUGGCAAGUUCUAUACUCCUCGCCUUAAUAUAUGCCCUGCGCCUCAUUUGAACCGACCAAUCAGCGAUCUCCGUUUUAAAUUUUUGACGUUUGUUUUUUUAAUCGUAUGACGAUAUGACACCAAAACUUUCUAGUCGAUAAGCUUUUUAUAAGAGUUGUGACAUGGAUGUGUUAUCGCGAUUCGGUUGAUAUUUUGUAUUGUACCUAAUUUUUCGUGGUUUGGACGCGGUCUUUAAUGUUUCAGCUAAUACAAAAAUCUACUGAAUACUCGUACAUUUUAUUAUAACAGAUUAAAUCUUAAGAAAACAAGUCAGUACUUUAAUAUUUCUUACUGUAAUUGGUCGAAAUUCUGUCGACAAGAUUUGUCAACUGACAUUUAAAACCGCGCGCAAAUUAUAUCAAAGAUGGCGUUCGAAUAUGCUUAAAUUAAUGUUGCCAUACCUCAAAUCAUUCUACCAUUUUGUAAAAAACGCAUAAAUCUUAGGAGUUAUACAAGUUUUAUUUUUUUCUAUUAUACUUUGUGACUUUAAACGCACAUUUUAAAUUAAUUAUUAUUUUGAAUUGUAUAGACGCUAGUAACAAUGUAAUUAAUAGCGAAAUUGUCCUCAAUAUAAGAUUUCUAGCGAUUUUUUAAGAGGAAUUGUAAUUCUAGUCAACUGCAAUUUAGUCUUAACAAAUAUAAUUUGCCAAGGGUAAAUAAUACAAUAAGGUUUAUCAAUUUUACGCUACUAGAGGUCGCUAAGGAGACUCGAACUCUUUUGUCCAGUUAGCUUAGUUGUCACUAAGCUGUCUAGCGAUUUGAUAUUAGCAAAUAUACCCUUGGUCAAAAGACUUUGAGCUACUUUAGCGCCCCUCAUAGGUACUAUGAAAACGUUCAUCAUUGUUUAUUUAUUCAAAAUAGGGAAAAAUCGUUAGAAAACUUCAUAUAUUCCCCGUUUUUUUAUUUUAAAACAUUCAUUUUAUUAAAUGGAACCUAAUGAAAUCUAGUCGUAUCACGUUUAAAUUAUGAUUUUGCAUAAAAUACGCUUUUUAAUAACAUAUAUAUAUUUGUAACAAACAAUAAUAAUGUUUUUACUCGUGACAUCUAUUGUAAAGUGAAUUUACUAUUAUUACGUAGUUUGUAAACUUAUUGUAAGAAACGACAGAAGUAAUUAACGAAGACAGAAGACUUCUGUGAUGACAUUUUCAUAUAAAAGCAGAGCGUCUCUGGUAACAAUAUAAGCAUUUAUUUCAAUGAAUCCUUUGCACUUUUGAAACGUCAAAAUUGAAUUGUCUGUCAAUGAAGCUAGGUGCUCGAUCCAAAAUCAAACAUAACGCACUUUUGAACGUUAAACAAUAUAAAAAGUGUCAGUCUGUCCGUCAGUCCUCUAGUUGUUAUUUGCUCGUAGCAAAGCGUAGAUUCUUAUGUACAAGAACGAGGAAAUAACUCCAUAGGUUACUAUUGAAGCUGAAACUGCAGUUAUCACAGCUGUGGGCUGAGUACAGUCUCUUUACACACAUUGAUAUCUCACUAAAACUUUGCAAAAUGAUCUAGAAUUUUGAAAAAGUCUCCAUAAUUAUAUUGUUACCACUGGUGCUCAAGAUCUGUUGUUCGCUUUUUACGACAUCAUUAUUCGAUAAAACUGUUUCUAACUGAAAGAUACAAGAAAUGCCAUCUUUUCAAAGUUUCCGAUACGUUUUUACGAAAGUAAUAUUAUGUAUUAAAACUAAAGUUUUGUAACCCAAUGGCCAAUAAUAUAUGUACACACAACGAUACACCAAGUUAUGCAACACCAGUAUUAAAUGACCGUCGAAUGUCCGGAAAGAACAUAUAAAGCUUGACCACGAUAUACUGGUUUUUAAAUUUAAUAUAAUAAUUAAUUUGGUAUGUCUCACGAAAGUUUGUAAUUUUACAAACUUGACCUUCGCAGUCACACUGCUCUAUAUAAAUCAGAAAAUCAGUAACCCUACGGUAGUGACCUAACAGAGGCGGAUUUAUCUAAAGAGCGCCCUAGACAAGCAUUUCAUAGGCGCCUUAGUAUUUUGGCGCCGCCGCCACUCUAUGUGCAGUUGGACACGCGCAUCUCACGCACCCUCUUUUUUUGAUGGCGGGGGAGAGGAGGAGUUUUUUGGAGAGAAACACUGUGGGAUUUGUACCUCACUAAACUCACCCCGGUGGCCACUCUCAACACCUGUAAGGGGCACCGGGUCCUCUAAAAGAGACCUGUUCCGAAGCCCCUGUUACGGCACAUCUCUUAGGAGAUGGGGGUCUCCCUUAAGCCUCGCUGUGCAAGGCGGCACGUGACUACUGUGCCACCGUCUUCCCUGAGACCACUGGAUGGGCUUUAGGUGCCCCUAGAGUGCCUGCCCCCACGGAACCACCCGUGCAACUUGCCUAUUAUCUUAACAAUGUAGCAAAUUAAGUUAAGCGUUUUGAGACAACAAUUGAGAACUCAGAUUCAGAUGGAAGACCAUGCUUCGGUGCGAAUAGGUCGGCUCAACCGAAGUGAUACCAUGGUCUCAUAUAAAACUUGUGUAAAACGACAUAUAUCCCGUUUCAUACCGGAUAUGUGAGGUUACUAGAUGCCCAAUCAACGAAGCUGCUACGCACUUUGUAAGUCUUCUAGUGUAGGUGGUGCGGGUGUCCAAGGGUGGCAGUGAUUGCUUACCAUCAGGUGAUCCGUCUUCUCGUUUACCCAUAAAUAAGACAACAAUAAUAAAUAUUUUAUAAACUACGUUUAAAAAAUCGACUUCGCUCUUUUUAAGGCCAGUUAACUUCUCCUGAGUGUAAUAAACAUUUUUCUGAAAACCGCAUCAAAAUUGGAUUAGCUAAUCGCGAGAUAUUCGCGUACAAACAUACAUAUGUACAUACCAGUGAAACUGACAAACUUCUUUUUUAAAGUAUUAGUUUUAAUACAUGAUAAUGAGUUCCACUGACAUGAGAAGUAGGCUCAGUAAGUAUUUAAGUAAGCAAUAAUUGUGUUAGUGAUAAAGGCUAUUUUAGAAGUAAAUAAUGUGUAUUACAAUCCCUAUUUUGUUAUUUUCGAAAAUUUUACGAAGUUUUCCGUUGAUUUUUUGGUGGUAGUGAACGUAAACUAAUUUUGUUGAAGCUUGUGUUAUAAAAAAUAUUAUUAUGUGAACAGAAUUCUACCGUAAAGUAUUAUUUUUAUAACUUUGCAACAUUGCAAUCAUUGAAAAGUACAUAAUAAUUAUUUGACAGUUGACACUAAUGACAAUUCUUAAUUCAUCCUUCCCGCCAAAAUUCAGUUUAGCUACGUUCAUAACCACCAAAAAUAUUAAAAUUUUGAAAUUGAAUCAAAAUUUUAGUCCUGAAUUGUAAUUUAGGUGCAAUAUUAAUUUAGGGUGUGAAUUCAAAAGCAAUACUUCGACACAUCAUUAGGUUUUCGUAAGUAAUUAAUGUUAUUCAUUAAAUUUUAUGUAUUUUUGUGUUGUUGUAUGGGGUAAUAUUAAGAGAUGUUUAUAACUUAUCAGAUCGGACAAACGUUUUUUUUUAUCAAUCUCUACAAACUUACAAACGUUGAACGACCAAUGACAUGUGACUCUAGCUAAUUGGGUACUACAAACGACAGUUUUCUAUGUAUUUUGUACGAGUUUGUGUAUUGUGAGUUCAUGUUCUUUUAGCGUCAAACAGCAUACUAAAUAUUAAUAAAAAAAAAAUUGCUGGAACAAUACUAAAAUGAAGU